GCAUUUGUUUACGUGAUCACGGAAGGAGCAAGGCCGAGCUCUUCAGAGCCGAGGCCAGGCUUGGAUGUGGCUCGAGUUGACCGAUGGCUCCGUCGCCUAGCUGCUUGCAGCACGUCGCUGUCGCGCACUGCUGUGCUCCUGCCCCGUCUGGCUUUCUCCUCCCACGGCGACGCGCCACCGUCCCCAAAGUCGCCUCGCCUCCUCAUGCUAGUACAAGGCUACGAGCACAUAGCUGUUGCCGCCCGCCCUCUCUCAGCCGCGCCAGACAUCGAGCUCCACGCACGCACGGGGCGAUCGAGGAGGAUCGGCUGGCUAGCUCGGGCGGAGACGAUAGGCAGAUGGAGGCGGCGGCGGAGGAGAAGGUGUUCGUCGCGGUGCCGGCGGAGCCCAGGGCGGGGCAGUCGACGCUGGCGUGGGCUCUCCGCCAUCUCUACGGCGGCGCCGCCACCACCACCAUCAUCGUCACGCACGUGCACGUCCCGUCGCAGAUGAUACCCAUCAUGGGGGUCAAGUUCCACGCCGAUAAGCUGAGCCCCGAGCCGGUGCGCGCGUUCAGAAGGGCGGAGCGUGAGAGGGCCGACGAGAUGCUGGACGACUACAUCCACCAGUGCUCACAAAUCAAGGUGAAAUGCGAGAGGUUGGUGAUCGAGAAGGAAGACGCCGCGUCCGGUCUCGUCGAGCUCAUCCGGCUCCAUCGGAUCACCAAGCUGGUGAUUGCAGCCGCCGCGGACAGGCACUACUCGAGAAAGCUCGACAAGCCUGUGUCCAAGACAGCGACAGAAAUAAUGCAGAGAGCUGAUCCAUCAUGCAAGAUUUGGUUCGUCUGCAAGGAACAGUUAGUCUGUACCAGGGACAUGGAGGUACAAAUUGCACCGUUAGCUGUUGCUGCACCUUUGCUCCCCAUUCUUGGCCAUGAAGUUCAGCAUUUGCAAUCUCCCCAGGGAGAGGGUGACACUGAGAUGGAACCGAGUUUCGACGAUGAGCUCGAAGAGGCACGCAAAGCGGUCGAGGAGCUGAUGAGAAGGGCUCUGAAAGAAUCCCGCAGGCGCCAACAGGCAGAAGAAGAAAUGGCCGCAUCUCUCCAAAAAGCGCAAGAACACGAGGAGCUGUACCUUGAGGAGGUGAAGAAGAGGGAAGAGCUGGAAGCAGCCCUAGCGAGAGCAGAUAGGGAAAUAGCGCAGCUAAGGCAAGCAAUCCAGAGAAACGCACCCGGAGAGGCAUCCCGCGGCGACUGAGAUCGGUGCUUGAACAGCAUAUCGUCGUCAGAGGCGACGACGCGACGAAAUCCAUUUUCAGAGCGGUGGCCAGGCAAUUUCAGAGCAGCGACCAGGCAACCGUGCUGAGCCUUUUCCAUGGUGAACGGUGAUUGCAAUGCCAUAAUGGUGGACAAGGGCCGGAGGCACUGCUCAACCAGAGGAUUAGGAAGGUGCCUGGUGAAGACGGAUUCACCUAGGUUUAGGAUGCCGAUGCGGUCAGGCGUUCGCUCGCGCACGGCGAGCGAGCUCUGAAUUUUGUAUCCAGAGUUACCCCACUAGGAGGCGGCGGAUGUGCCUCUUUCCUUGUGUUUCAGAAGGCAUUGAUCAUGGCCUCCGCCUCCACCCCAGAAAAAUCUCGAGCCUUGGCAGUUUUGCAAUCUGUGGACAUCCCGAUUCGCCUCAAAAUACAUGGAGAUGUAUAGCAAUUAAAUACGAGACGUGCGCCCAUGUAAUUUCGAGUCUAAGGCCAUUGCGAUGU